UGCCGCGCAAACGUCCUGCUGGAUCUAAUGGUGUGGCCGUUAUCGCUUUGGCGCGCGACUGUGGUUUCGCGAGGUUACGCGCGUAAACGCGGGCAGUGUAAAUAGAGCCUUAAGUGGAAACAGACUUCACAGGAUCCACACGCACGUGUGCCUCAGUUCUGGGGAGAGCUUGUGCCUCUGCAGGAUGAAUUCGCUUGUGAAGUGGGGCGUAGGGCUACUUGUGCUCUUCUCCGUGCUCCUCAACCUCGCUCUGAUCGUGAGUUACUCCCGCAGGACGCCCCAGUGCGCGUCCCGGAGCAAACAUGAGCCGCGGGGGAAACAUGACGAGCGCAGCCGCGUUUUUGCGGACCUGAGCCGGGACGAGUACACGCAGGUCCAGGAGUACAUGCUCCGACAGAAGGACCUGAACAUCUCCACGCGCCAGAGCACGAGACCGGACGAGAACUUUCUUUUCCUCAUUGAGCUGCGCGUGCCACGAAAGUCAGAGAUCCUGAAGUACCUGGACGCGCGCGGCCCUGUCCCGCACAGAAAGGCAACAGUAGUGGUCUUCUACGGCACCAAGGGCUACAUUAAAGAGUAUGAGGUGGGGCCGCUGCCCAACCCCAGCUCCCACCGCGACGUGACGCGUGAGCGCUACGGCGUGGAUCUGCCGCUGAGCGCGCGCACUGUCACCGUUGGAGAGUACAUUGUUCUGUUUAACUUUCUGGAGGAGAGGGUUAACGCGCCCCUAUCCACUCUCCUGCGGGAGAGCUUUGGGGUAAAUGAUGACCACAAACUGAAAGGCUUUGAGUCGAUGCCGCGCGGCUUACGCGCUGGAGAUCGCAAGACUUGGAUCUCAUUUUUCCGUGACCUGAGCGGAUUCUACAUCCAGCCCGUGGGCUUUGAGGUGCUCGUGGACCACGGGAGCACCAACACAUCACAGUGGCGUGUGGAGCGACUCUUUUACAACGGUCAAUACUUUGGAUCAGUGGACGCGCUGCGGGACGCAUACAGCGCGGGCACCGUGAAGAAGAUCGUGUAUGAGCCACCGGAGGACUAUGGCUCCCUGAAGCCUCGUACCAAACCACUGCAGGUCGGACCACAGCUCAUGAGCCCCGAGGGCGCGCGCUACAGCGUGAGCCAUAACCACGUCCUGUACAUGGACUGGAGUUUUGCCUUUGGACUCAGCUCACUCACGGGCAUGCGCGUGUUCGACGUGCGCUUCAGGAACGAGCGCAUCCUUUACGAGCUGAGCGUGCAGGAGGCUAUGACCGUGUAUGGCUCCGUGACACCUGGUCUAGUAAUGACCAAGUUCCUAGACUCCAGUAUUGGCAUCGGGCGAUUCGCACAUGAGCUCGUGCGCGGCGUAGACUGUCCAUAUGAUGCGACAUACGUGGAUACGUACAGGUACAUUGACGUGCCAGUACCUGCACGCACCCGGAACUCCAUCUGUAUCUUUGAGCUGUACCUGGGCCAGCCGCUGCGCAGACACUUUGCGGACUUUUUUCACAAUAGUUACGGCGGAAUGGCGAGUACCGCGCUUGUUGUAAGGACCAUCACAGCCAUAGCAAAUUACGACUACAUGUGGGACUUCAUCUUCUACCAAAAUGGUGCGGUGGAGGCCAAGGUGCACGCCACAGGCUACAUCACGUCCUCCUUCCUCGUGCAGGGCAGUCUCAAACACGGGCACCAAGUGGCGCCAAACGUUCUCGGGAACAUGCACACGCACUUCAUCAACUUCAAAGCUGACCUGGAUGUAGCAGGAGUGAAGAACAUGUUCCAGACCAAAGACAUGGAGUACAAGAAUGUGUCUCUGCCCUGGAUGCCCGAGCAGCACGCCAUGAUCCCUCACCUGGUGGAGAAGACUCUGCUCACUGAACAGGAGGCUGCUCUGCGACAUGGCACUAAGAUUCCUCGGUACCUACACAUUUCCAGUAACCAGACCAACCGCUGGGGCCACUCCCGCUCCUACAGGCUGCAGGUUUACAGCUUCGCCGGGGACCACCUCCCUGAGAGCCAGCCCGAGGAGAGAGCCAUGUCCUGGGCCAGGUACAAAGUGUCUAUCACCAAACACAAGGACCAGGAGCAGACCAGCAGCAGCCUCUAUAGUCAGAACAACAUAUGGAGUCCAGCGGUGGACUUCAGCACCUUCAUCCAGGACAACGAGAGCAUCCACAACCAGGACCUGGUUGCCUGGGUGACGGCCGGUUUCCUCCACAUCCCUCAUGCAGAGGACAUCCCUAACACUGUUACCGUGGGAAACGGGGGUGGAGUCCUGUUGCGGCCCCAUAACUACUUUGACAAUGACCCGUCCAUUGACUCUCCUGACAGCGUGUACCUGGCCCCGGGCACAGAGAGCAGCUGUGAGAGCAACCGCAUGGCCUGUCUGGAGAGAGAGAGCUGUGCCCCGGGAUUAGAACCAUUCACCUACCACGGCUUUGGGGGCAUUAUAAAGUUUCAUGACUGAGAAUCCUCCAGCAAAAGUCUUUUGCUCUUAAGAGCAAAAUUCUUUUUUCACCAAGGGCAAAAGAUUUUUUUCACUGAGGGCUAUGGAAACACAUUGAUAGUGGAGGGCUGCAGACUAGUGGUCAAUACAGCGAGUUUUUCAGAUAGUUGCAUUUUACUUUACUUUGACAGAGACACAGUAGGAACUGCGUUACUCACAACAUAUAUGCUCUCCACACCACAAAUAAACACACUGAAGCUCUGUAAGUUUCACUUCAACAAAGUGUAUGCUUGGUGGAGAGGCUAUAGUUUAUCACCACUAAAACAAGUGAUUACACAUGUCUAAUAUUUCCCUGGCUUUUUCUUACACCCUGCAGUGAAACGCCUCUCCUAGUCUGUGCCUAAUGUAAAUCACACUGCACUGUUACAUGUAGCCAGUAUCCAAGCACGUAACACCAAGUGCUCCAGAUGUGUCAUUGGGAUCUUUGAGAUUUGAUUCACAACACCUCAAUCGUAGUUCCUAGGUUUCCACGCAUUUAGAAAAGUAGGAUUACAUUGGGCAAGGCCUGUUAUCUGGUUUUCCUGGCCUGUAUAUAAACAGAGUGACUGUUGCUCUGUUAUGGAACCCAGGAAGACUAAGAGUGACUAGUAGCUCAUUCUGAAAAACACAACCACAACUUAAUCAUUUUACAAUCAAUUUUCAAUAAAAGUUGUGAUAAAGAGGACCGAGCACCUAUGGUGAGGAGUCGAACAAUUAAAGCCUCAUGUGUAACUUUUUAGCUAAAAAACAAAAAAGCCUUUUUUCUUUUUUUUUUAAAUUGCACUGAAAAAAAUGGAAAAAUGUGCAUUCUUGCUGAUUCUUACUUGGCCUGGAGGAGGACCUGCACCUGCUUUGUUCCAUGGAGAUAUUGUUCCUUUGGACAUAACAUUCCUCAGUAUUGCAUAAAAUGUAUCAUCGAAUAAUGCAGGGGAUGUGCUACAUCCAGAAAGUUGCACGGCAUUGCUUAAACUUAAGCAAUGGCUGGUCAACAUUAAAAUGACUUUGCUAAUGUGUGUAACGUGUAUGGCACGUUCAAAUUGACAGUCCUAAUAAAAAUAUUACUUGAGCAGGAAUAAAAGAAUGCUGAUAGAAAAGUACUCUGAAAAGUACAAUUUAUUUAAAAAGUUACUCAAGUAAAUGUAACUGAGUACUCUUUGUCCAGAUGUAAGUUUGACCCUCCUCUUCCUCCUGGGGCACAUUCCUGAGGUUCCUCUGUGAUUGUAUUUUCUGGGCUUGAUCAUGUCCAUAUGUUUGUACACACUCACUGCUUCAUUGGAUCUAAAGUGAUUUUCUCAGGGAUGCUGUUCAUAGACUACAUGAAAGGAAUGAAAAGUGCUGCUAAAAUGUGUUCAGUUGAGCAAGGCCCAAGUUAAAAGGACUGACCGUUAUCUUUGUUUAAUAAACCUUUGUUAAAACACUC